AUGCAAAUCAUUCUCCUUCUUGGUCUGGUGGUUGUGGCGUAUGCUGUCUACUUCAUUCUGAGCGUUUUGUUUGCGCCUCUACGAAAUGUCCCUGGGCCCUUUUUGGCGCGAUUUACAAAUGUCUGGUACUUGGUGCAAGUCCACACCGGCCACGUGGAAAGAAAGAAUUGCCAGCUUCAUGAAACUUACGGCCCUGUUGUUCGAUAUGGGCCCAAGAGAUACAGCUUCAACAGCCCCGAAGCGAUCAAAACUAUAUAUGGUCACAGCACCCAGUUUGCCAAAUCAUCAUUUUACGACGCUUUCAUGGUCCCAGGCGUGUGGAAUUUAUUUACAGAGAGAGAUAUCAGAUUCCAUGCUUCUCUUCGCAGGGAGUUUCAAGCCACUUACUCCAUGUCAAACCUGGUAAAUUUUGAACCAUACGUCGACCAGUGUGCGAGACUCUUUGACCAGCGCCUACACGAAGUGUCCGUAGCCGGUGUUUCCAUCGAUAUAGGACAUUGGUUGCAAUGCUACGCUCUUGAUGUCAUCUCUCAGAUCACCUUUGCUGAGCGCCUAGGGACCUUGGAUAGCGGAGAAGACAUUGGCGGUGUGAUGAAGUCCCUCGAAGAUUCUUUCUACUAUUCGUCCACAGUCGGCAUCUACGGCUACAUUCAUCCUUAUUUAUUUACCGCCAUGGGCUUCCUAGGUCGGCUGAGUGGAAGCAAAGAUGGGCAAGGGAUGGGGUAUGUUACAAACUUUGCCCAGGAGAAGAUUAACGCGUACAAGGCCAAGCCGGCCGCUAUCUACGAAGAGGCCGCAGAUGGAAGCGAGGAGUUCGUCUCCAAGUUUAUGAAGCAAAACACAACCAACCCCGAGAGAUUUACCACGCGCCAUAUCCUCGCAGGUUGUUCAAUGAACAUAGGUGCUGGUUCCGAUACCACAGGAAUCAGUUUGUCAGCAGUGCUCUACUAUCUUCUGAAGAACCCGGGGUGCAUGGACAAGCUACGAGAGGAGAUAAUUGCGUUUGAUAAAGAUGGGAAGCUCUCUGAUUCUCCCACUUACAAGCAGAGCCAAGACAUGCCAUACUUACAGGCCGUCCUCAAGGAAGCCCUACGACUGCAUCCUGCUGUUGGGCAACCGCUUGAACGAAUCGUGCCAGAAGGAGGCGCUACUAUUGCUGGGAAAUACUUCCCUCAGGGAACCAUCGUCGGCGUCAAUUGUUGGGCGGUUCACCGAAAUAAAGCUAUCUGGGGCAAGGACUCUGAUGAUUUCAAGCCCGAAAGAUGGCUCACAACGGAUACCGAUAAACUAUCUGCAAUGAACCGAAGUUGGAUUCCCUUUGGCGUUGGCUCGAGGACUUGUAUUGGGAGGCAUAUAUCUAUGUUGGAAAUGUGCAAGCUUGUGCCUCGCAUCCUCCGAGACUUUGAUUUCGAGCUGGUUGAUGGUCUACAAGCUGAUUGGAAAACUACGGCCUACUGGUUCGUGAAGCCUUCCAACUUCAGGGUCAGAGUCAGAACUCGUUCGACAGUUCCAUAG